GGAAGCGGAACCCGCGGCCGGCGGGUGCCUUCCCGCGGGGCGCGGCAUGGCGGGGCCGGUGGACUGUCACUGCCACCUGGCCGCGCCCUGCUUCCAGCAGGACGUGGCGGCCGUGGUGCGGGCGGCGCAGCAGGCGGCCGUGUCGGCGCUGGUGGUGGUGUCGGAGCGGGCGGACGAGUUCCGGAGCGUCGUGGAGCUGUCUGAGAGAUUCCCAGGGUUUGUCUUGCCAUGCCUGGGAGUUCACCCCGUUCAAGAGGUUUCUCCAGAGGAGCAGCGCAGUGUUACUUUGAAGGAUCUGGAUGCUGCGCUGUCUCUUAUAGAACUUUACAAAGACAAAUUGGUGGGGAUUGGAGAAGUUGGACUAGAUUUCACUCCCAGAUUUGCCAGCACUGAUGAACAGAAGGAAGGACAAAGACAGGUUUUGAUCAAGCAGAUUGAGCUGGCAAGAAGGCUGGAUUUGCCACUAAAUGUUCAUUCCCGCUCAGCUGGAAGACCAACCAUUAAUCUCUUGAAGGAACAAGGUGCUGCCAAGGUGUUGCUCCAUGCCUUUGAUGGGAAGCCAUCUGUAGCCAUGGAAGGGGUGAAAGCUGGAUACUACUUCUCCAUUCCUCCUUCCAUUAUAAGGAGUGAACAGAAGCAGAAGCUUGUGAAACAGCUGCCUCUGGAAAAUAUGUGCUUGGAAACUGAUUCUCCUGCUCUGGGGCCUGAAAAACAGGUGAGAAAUGAACCCAAAAAUAUUUACAUUGCUGCUGAAUACAUUGCCAAAAUUAAAGGAAUUCCAGUAGGAGAAGUUAUAGAAGUGACUACACAGAAUGCACUAAAAGUAUUCCCCAAACUUCAGCACUUUCUUCGGAUAUAGAUUCAGAAACUGAAAUAUAUGAUGUUGCAGAUGUUGUGGUGUAAUUAAUAAAACCAAUAUACAUCUUGUGUUUUAAA